AUGCAAUCGAGUAAAAUAUUAUUGCCUCAUUGGAGGAAGUUCAAUCAAGUACAAAUUACCAGAAAUUUGGCAAUCAACAAUAGGAAAUUAAGUGCUAACUAUUCUGCACCAUUGUUGAUUAACGAAAAUUUUACUUUAAGGCAACAGCAGCAGCAACAUCAAAUAUUUUAUCAACAAAUACCACAGAGGUGGGGGACAACUUCAGCAAUUCAUUUGACGACAACCACAACAACAGCGGCCAAACCAUCACCUCCGAGACAUGAUUGGAAUACGGCCGUAAGGGAAGCAGAACGUAUUGUGGGAUAUCCAACUUCCUUUCUAAGCCUGCGAUGGCUACUCAGCGAUGAAAUUGCCAAUAUGGGCCUGUAUUUACGAAAAUUGGUUGGUAGCACUCAUCCUCUCUUGAAGACGGCCAAAGAAGUGUUGUAUAAUGGCAAAAAUACCACGCAAGGGUGGGGUUUAAUUGUGCUGCUGAUUUCUAAGGCUGCUGGUCAUGCACCAUCCAUACCAGACAUGGAACAGGAUAAAAGUGAUGGUGUCCUGUACAGUCAAAGAGCUUUGGUUGAGAUAACAGAAAUGAUAGGAAUGUGUCACUUGAUACACAAUAGCCUUGUCAAUUUGCAAAGAUCUACCAAGGCUGGUCAGGAUUCCACAACAUAUGAUGACAUGACUUUUGGCAAUAAGAUUGGUCUUCUUAUAGGCGAUUACCUGUUAAGUCAUUCAAGUAUGGAAUUGGCCAGUUUAAAAAAUCAAAUUGUGGUGGGCCUUAUUUCUUCAACUGUCAGAGACUUUUCCGAAUCCGAGUUUUUUGGGGAGCGUGAUGAGCAAAAUAAUCCUUUGCCUUCCAAGCCAGGCACUGUAUAUCAACAGACCAAUAGCCCAGCCUGCACUGCCGACGUUGACUUUGAUGCUGAGGACAUACUUAAACCCAUGAAUAUAGCUAAAUUCAUAGGCAACCCAGAAAAGGAGUGGGAGGCUCGUAAUAUGUUAAAUGUUGGUAGCUUGCUGGGUAAAUCUUGUCUGGCCUCGUUGCGGCUAGCCGAGCAGAGCGAGAAAUUACAAAAGAAAGCCUAUCUGUUUGGCAAGCACUUGUCGUUAGCAUGGCAGGCAUGUUUGGAUGCGGAACCCUUUCAGCUAACUUCUCUUCCAUAUGAUACCUCCUUCAGUCUAGUAAGCGCUCCCGUUUUAUUCCACUUAGAGUAUGAUCCCAAACUUUACGAUGAAUUUGAAAAGGGCAACGUUUGUGUGGAUAACGUUGAUUACUUCAAAAUACACCAGACAAUUUUGCAGGGCCCUGGCUUGGAGAAAACAAAACAACUGCAACGCAAGCACACGACGGCGGCACUUCACGUUUUAGAAAGUUUUCCAAACAAUGAUGCCAGAAGGGCUUUGGAAAACAUGAUAUUAGCCAUGCAGGAUUUGUAGGCAGUAUACACAGACCUGUUGCGGUUUUCGAAAAACGAACGAUUUUCUUUGGCCUAAUUCUGACAGAUAUUGGCACAUACGAGGGCGGUUCGGAAACUUCUUAGCCUAUCAAUGAAAGAGAAUAGUUGAUUUUUCAAAAAUAUUUUUAUAUUUAGUUUUCAAUAUAAUCCCCUGAAACUUCAAUACAAUUAGUGCAACUCUUAUCUAGCAAUGCUA